AUGUUAGACCCUCCCAAGAUAUUCGAUACCUUGGGGAGGCACCCCAACUUCAUGGAACCCAAGAAACGUAUCAAUGACACCGCAGGAACCGAAAAUUUCCAACACUCUGUGGCGUUGGAGCACAUUGCAAAGUUGACCAACCAGAUCUUAUUUUUGACCUCUUUGACAGAGUGUCCUGAAGGUCUAUUGGAUCCCCAAAUGCUGACAAGAACAAAAGAAGACGCGAUGAUGGCCCCAGCUGCAAAAUCUCUGCCUGCGCCCCAAUUACAUCAUGAUAACCGUCCGCUCGCCCCAAAGUUUCCCGAUGACCACGGCAGUGGUAGCACCACCACCACCACCCUGCUUGAUGAACUUUUGCAAAGAAUUGACGACAAUGGAGUGACAAUGAUGGUGAAAUUGUUACAAUUCCUCAACGAACUAAUAGAUGAGACCCCGCCACUUCCUGGGCCGCGGAGAUACGGUAAUCCUGCGUGUCGUGAAUGGCAUACUAAAGUUGAAUCACGGUUAAGUGGCAAAUUGCAUGAGUUAAUCAUUGAUUCACAACUAUACACUGGCCCCAAUAAAGAGAACUACAUCAUGGAAAUACAAUACUACAUUCAAAAUGCCUUUGGGUCGAAAAUUCGCCUCGAUUACGGAACUGGACAUGAGUUAAGUUAUUUGGCGUUCAUUGGGUGCUUGUGGAUGAGCGAUGUGCUAUGUCAUAUGGACGGAGUUAAAUUUUUGAUUAUAUUCAGUAAAUACUACGAUUUGGUUCGCCGGUUAAUUGUUUCUUAUACUUUAGAGCCUGCGGGAUCGCACGGGGUAUGGGGACUCGAUGAUCAUUUCCACUUUUCUUAUUUGAUUGGGGUUUCGCAAAUGGUUGAUAUGAGCGAAUUUGUCGAUAUUAAUUCAAUAACCCCUUCCCAGCUAGAACAGCAUAAAUUGAAGAAACAACGUAUGCAAGCGGUUAUCAUUCCCUCUCCUGAUUCAGUAAUGGACAGGCGGAUGGUUGACCAUUUCAAGCUUAAGAACCUUUAUUUCAAUUCGGUGGCAUUCAUUAACAAAGUCAAAAACGGCCCAUUUUGGGAAACUUCCCCAAUAUUAUACGAUAUUUCCGGGGUGAAAUCCUGGAAAAAGAUCUUGAUCGGCUUACAAAAGAUGUACAGGGUCGAAGUGUUGGGGAAAUUCCCGGUGGUGCAACACUUUUGGUUCGGAGGGGUUUUUUUCCCUUGGUUGGACGUCAAUACAAAUGAAGAGUUGGAAAUCAAUGAUACCCUUGUCGAUAAGGAAACUAGCGUCCCGAAAGAAUCGAGCAAUUCCCAGGAGGAAACCUCUUCAAGAAGCGAUCGAGUAUCAGAUAAGCACAAACUUCAAAUGAUGAAUCAAACCCCUGGGGAUUUCAAUCCAGUAACUAUGGCGCCAACCAGUGGUUCUAAUGCUUCAACAAUGAAUGCUACUACUACCGCUCCUUGGUUGGCCACUCAUAGAGGCAUGGUUAACCAAAAUGUCCAUCCUUCUGUUCGUCUUGGUAGAGUUCCUGGAAGAGAUACCAGUCUGUUUAUACUUCCGCAGACUAUCAAACGUCAACAGCCAAAGAGAUGA